AUGGAGAUGCGAGCUAUACAUCAUGGAUUCGAUGAACCCCAGCGGAUAGAACCUAUUGAAGAUCCUGAAGACUGGUUGCAUAUGACCCCCGAAGAAAUUGCGCAGGAAGAGGCAGAGCAACGAUUUCGUGAGAGGCAAGCCGAGAUCCAAGAAAAACGUCGUUUGGAAGAAUUACGCGUACAAGAGGAACAACGAGCAAAGCUUCAGCCAUCUCCGGAUACAUGGUCUCUGGAACAACUUCGAACAGAGACAACACGCUUGGCCAACAUCUUGGAAGCAAUGUCUUCAUCUGGAGUCCAAGAGGUCAAGACAAAUGCACAAUCAUCUCUUUUAAGUCUGGGUGUAUCUUUUGUGUCUUUGAACAGCGUUGCACAGCUAAUUCGUGGUGAGUAUGAUGAUCGUGUCAUUGCUGAGGAAGAUGCAACGAGCCUGGAUGUUGUCUUUCAAGGAAUUUUAGGAGAAUUUGAGAAGACAAAGGAGCUGGCCGGUAAUUCAUUGCUCUUAGCCAUGACCUUCAGUCAACAGGCAGUCCAAUUUCAUGAUGGAGAGCUCAUUCCUCUUCAAGUCCAAGCUGAAAGAUCUGUCGCACAGCUGGACGUAAAUAUCAAGCAAAAUGAAGUUACAAUCGGCGUUCUUGAAGUUCAAGCUACUCAGCAAUUGGCAGACGUCCAAGCCAGCGAAGCAGCUGCGGCUUCUGCAAGAGCCAAGCUGCGCAAAGCCAAACGUUUAGGCCACUUUAUUUCAAGUCUACCUGGGUUAAGGGAUGCGGUCAAUCAUGCUCAAGACCUUGUCAAUAAUACUCGAAACACACUGACGCAAUCUACCGAGGCUUUGAACAAGACCAGAGACUCACUUCUGAUAUCAACCAGAUGUAGAGAAGAGUCAAUUGCGAUUGAAACCCAGGUCAAAGCUUUAGAUGGUCCGAUGCAGCAGCAACUAAGCCGAGCAACUCUACUUGAGCAAACCCUUGUCACCAUUAAGGGCCAGUCAAUAAAAUGCUAUGUACAAGUUCAGUCAUGCCUUACUGAACUAAAAGGGGCUAGCUUCUCAUUAUCAAAAACCCAAAUUGCUGGCAAUAUACUUGCAACACUUUUAGAAGGCACAUUUGACGCAGUUGUUGGGGAGCAGGCGAAACUCAUUUUUGAAGAUCUAAAGACUAACGACGAUGCGAAAGGCUCGGUUCGACUUCUUCAAGCUGAUCGCGUACUGCUACUAGAAGACGCUUUUCGUACUAUAAUGAGUUUAUGA